AAUAGUCAUUUCCUUUUUUAAAAUGUUACUUAAGAAAAACAAGUUCUAUUCUAUGCUUUGCUUAUCCAGUGAGUGAGAAAGAACAAAGCUGAGCGAGAGAGAUUUUCAUGAAUAACAAGAAAUUAUUUGGUUGAAUUUGAAUUGGGUUGUUGUGCUGUGACAUGGUGUAAGACCCUUCUCACCUUUAAGUUUUCACUGUCAUAGCUCCUCAGUUGCAUUAUCAAUACACCACCAAUGGCUUUCGGUGGUUUGGUUUCCAGUAGAAACUUCACUUCUUUUAUUGGCCCAGGUUCAUCUUUCUCAACCACAGUUAACUUUCACUCGUCUAAUUCUAUUUUUUUGUAUAUAUAUAUAUAUUUUCAAAAUUUUUAGGUGGCUACCUGUAUGUUAUGAAGUUAAUUAUCUACUCCUUGUAUGUAAUUUACAUUCAUUUUGCUUUCAAGCUUGCUUUUUGUGAUAGAAUGUGAUUUUCAUUGUUAGUACUGUUUUUGGUAUUGUUGAAACUUAUUUAGUGCAGAAUUCAGUCUAAUCUUCAGGUUGAGUUGUUGAUAGUAUAGCCAAAUGUUCAAGGUAGAUAUACUUUUAUUGAUUUUAUGGAGUUCCUUGAUGAUUUUAUCGUACAAAAGUCAAAACAAAAUUUCCCUCAAUCUUUUUAUAGCUAGGGGAGCAACUUGCGGAAUGAUGAUGACCCUUUUAUAUUCUGUGCCAACAUUUGCUUAAAGCUUAUAGGAUUGAGAGAAGCAUGGAAUUUUUAUGUUGUAUUUUAUUUUGAUGAGAGAAUUAGAGAUUAUUCAGCAAUACAUGGAAAUUAUGGUAAGGCUGGUUAUUGUGUGUAUGAAUUGGGUUGGAUUUGCUCCUCUUGAAACCCUCUAAUUUUUUCAUGUAGAUAGAGUGUACUGUAGACUAUGAACAAGUUUUAUGUUUGAUAUUGGCAGGAAAUGUAUAUCAGUUAGAAAGGGAUCUAUCACUUCAAAGAGGGGGCAUUUCUGGUGUAUUUGUUGCUCGUUAUGGUGGCCAGAUUGCAAAAGAUCCUUUUUUAAGAUGCCGCGGUGGGAUGUGUAUUCAUACUAAAGCAAUUUCAAAUGAGAAAGUUUCAAAGCCAAUUAUUGCAUUUCAUGAGGAAGUGCAGCAUUAUUCUCUAGUAUCCCAGAAAUCCAUUCACUGCCUGAACAUGAAACUAAAGGCCAGAAGAUGUCAAUGCUACCUAUCUUCAGAUUCCAAUAGCAGUAGCCAUAUUGGACAAAAAGCAGCAUAUGGACUUGGACCACUUGGUAAGGCGAAUUUGGCUCGUGUUCGUUACAAGUCUGAGGAAUAUGAUACUGCUGAAACAAAGAUGGAUCCUCUGGCAUCAACAGAAGGGACAGGUGAAGCCAUUCUACUGGAAGGAAAUGUUCCACAAGUGUCUUCUUGGUGGAAGCAUUUUCCUAAGCGCUGGGUUAUUGUAUUGCUAUGCUUUGCAGCAUUUCUGCUGUGCAAUAUGGACCGUAAAUAUGAGCAUAGCAAUACUUCCAAUGUCACAAGAAUUUAACUGGAACACCGCAACAGUUGGCCUAAUUCAGUCAUCUUUUUUCUGGGGUUAUCUACUUACUCAGAUCCUUGGUGGAAUAUGGGCAGACAAACUUGGUGGGAAGCUAGUGCUAGGGUUUGGAGUUGUCUGGUGGUCGAUGGCAACAAUUUUAACACCUAUUGCUGCGAGGAUUGGGCUCCCUUGUUUGCUUAUUAUGCGUGCCUUUAUGGGGAUUGGUGAGGGUGUUGCCAUGCCUGCGAUGAAUAAUAUACUUUCAAAGUGGAUUCCAGUUUCAGAGAGAAGCAGAUCACUUGCCCUUGUAUAUAGUGGCAUGUACCUUGGUUCUGUGGUCGGCUUAGCAUUCUCACCGGUGCUAAUCCAUAGUUUUGGGUGGCCAUCAGUGUUUUACUCAUUUGGAUCUCUUGGAAGUAUUUGGUUUGCCCUAUGGUUGAGAAAAGCAUAUAGCUCUCCAAAAGAUGAUCCAGAUCUUGGGGUAGAGGAGAAAAGGCUCAUACUUGAAGGCAGUGCAUCAAAUGCACCUGUUUCUUUCAUCCCUUGGAAAUUAAUUUUAUCAAAAGCACCUGUAUGGGCUCUUAUAAUCUCCCACUUCUGUCACAAUUGGGGGACAUUUAUUCUUUUAACCUGGAUGCCUACCUACUACAAUCAGGUUCUGAAGUUCAACCUCACUGAAUCUGGGCUCUUAUGUGUUCUUCCAUGGUUAACCAUGGCUGCUUUUGCAAAUAUUGGUGGGUGGAUUGCUGACACACUAGUGAGAAAAGGUCUUUCCAUAACAGCUGUUCGAAAGAUUAUGCAAUCAAUCGGGUUUUUGGGUCCUGCCUUUUUUCUUACACAGCUGAGCCAUGUCAGAACACCCGCCAUGGCUGUACUAUGCAUGGCGUGCAGUCAGGGAUCUGAUGCAUUCUCACAAUCUGGUCUGUAUUCCAAUCACCAAGAUAUUGGACCACGCUAUGCUGGUGUAUUGCUGGGACUAUCAAAUACUGCAGGAGUGCUUGCUGGUGUUUUUGGUACAGCUGCGACUGGAUACAUACUCCAACGAGGUUCUUGGAAUGAUGUUUUUAAGGUUGCUGUUGCAUUGUACAUAAUAGGCACAUUGGUCUGGAAUAUCUUUUCAACUGGGGAGAAAGUUCUUGACUGAAGAAGAUGACAUGUCAAGGAAGGUUGUAGCCUAUAUAGCCAUGGAAAUAUAGAAACAGAUGGAACACCAAACAGAUGACCCAACAAGUCUUGGAAGAUUAAACCCUCAAGAAGUACAAAAAAAGAGACACCAUGGAAGUUUUCACCUAAAACCAUGGCUUUUUUUUCUCUAUAUUCUCCUAGAAAUCUUGGAUUAACUUCAGACAUACUUCUCUAAAGUGAGUUUGUCUCUAAAGUAAAUAAGUAAAGGUGUAUCUACCUUAACAUUUUAGUUAGUUAAGAUUAAAAUACACUUUAAAUUAAUAUUAGAUACACUCUUACUUUAGGGCCAAACUCAAUUUACAGGAGCUUUUUUCCCCUUUUGUGCACCUCUAGAACAUGAACUCCAGUACUUUCUGUAUAUAAAGUCUGUGGGGGAAUGUCCACCUGUAAAACUUUAUCUAAGGCACACACAAGCUUAAUAUACAUGUUAUUUGAGUAACUUUGUCUCAUGAUACCUAGAUGGGAAUUAAGUUACCCAG